AUGAAACUCGUACAAUCGCUCUCCUUCAUCUUAUCCUUACUCCCAGCUACACUAGCAGAAGUCCAAUUUACAGUACCUGCCUUCGGUACUAGCUUCAAGUCGGGCGAUGUAGUGACAGCACAUUGGAAGGAAUUAGGCACAUCUCCACGCAUCUCGGAGCUCACGCAUUAUGACCUAUAUCUGUAUGCUGGUGGAGAGACAGCUGAUACUCAGAUGGAAAUUGCGAGUCUGAUUCGAGAUGGCAUGUUUGCGCGUGGGAACUCAGUAUCUUUCAAGAUUGAUCCUCAUUUCGGUGGCAGCCAAACAAACGCAUAUUUCUUGAAGAUGGUAUCUUUUGGCCCGGAAGCUUUUGCCAUCAACUUCUCUGAACGUUUCACCCUCAACAACAUGACCGGAUCAUUCCCCCCACAGCUGGUGGAAGAUAUUCGUUCUCUCCCGGACUCCGAAGACUAUCCGGUCAAGGAAGACUUGCGAAAGAGGGUUAUCCAGACGGCACAUACUGUGCCAUAUGCGUUACAGACUGGGCCAACUAGAUAUGCCCCAAUGGCGAAGAAACCAGGGAGCACAAUCCCUGCAAAGGCGAAGACGCCGACACCGCAAUUCUCAGCGAGUCUCUAUACCAUCGCAACAACCUGGCUCCCUGUAGCCACUGUUCAUAUGACGCUCUCUACGUCCAUGACAUUUUCCGUUGUCAGCAUCGAGAACACGGCAUCUCCCGCACCACAUCCUCACGAUAUGGCCGCAAGAAAAUUAUUGGAGAGGUGGAAGGACUAA